GUGGCUAUAGAGCCGUUGCUGCAUUACUCGGACUACCAUCAGGUGAGGAAAGUUGGUCAUGGGUUAGGGCAGCGUUGAUAGAAGAACUUGAACGACACAGAGGGUUGUAUGAUGAAAUGUGGUCCAGACAUGUGGUUAAUGCCUUACAUUCCCGACUCACUCUUCCUCCUGGUGAUCCGGCUACCGAGGAUAAAUGGAUGCAACUGCCAGAGAUGGGAUACCUUGUAGCAACCAGGUUCCAAGUGGUUUUCAUAUCCAUCUCCUCUACGGGUUGUUGGUCAUACCUUCCACUAAGAGGAGAAGGUCCACCGGAUGUACAUCCUGUUAUAGCUGUUGGUCAUGUGAUUAAUCACUUUGUACAGCUCCAUCUAACUCCUGGACAUUCUAUGCCGCCAAUUGCUCUCCAGUGGGAACGGUAUGUUGAUCCUACAUCAGUAAGCUGGUGCGCCCCAUAUGGUACACGUUUAGGAAGAUUCACAUCAGAAUAUGAAGCUUGGCUUGUUACUUUUGGUGUUCCUCUUAUUCACCAAAGCUAUGUAGACAUCACCUCAGAUUGACACCACACUUUUGUGUGAUAUUCAUUUGUAAACGCUCUGUAAUAUUAAUCUGAUGGGCCUUGCCUUUAUGAUGUUCAUUUGUUGCUUUUAAUAAUAUUAAUUUGAUGGUCAUUGUUAUAUUGAUGGGCCUUAUUAUUUUGAAUCAGCAUCAGGGAUAAUUAACAUAGACAACCACUCUGUCAUCAGAGUCCUGUCAUUUUCAUCCACCCCAUCAUCAGAGUCCUGUCAUUUACAACCACCCCAUCAUCAGAGUCCUGUCAUUUCCAACCACCCCAUCAUCAGAGUCUUGUCAUUUUCAUCCACUAAAUGACGAACUUGAAACCUGACAUUACUAUCUACCACCAACCAACCCCAACCACACUUGUAUUAUCCACCAAACACCAUAAAU